CUUCUUGUGAGAGAGGUGUACAGAAAAAUUCCAAAUAUUUGUCUAUCUCUGAGUGGGAUUUGUCUCUCUGAGUCUGUGAAGCUGAGGAGCAGCAGUUUGAGAUUGUUGAUGGUGCCAAAAACCGAGGGGCUUGCACCUACAAUUUCACUUUCGGACAGCGCAUUGAAGCGCUUCAAUAAGAUGAGAUCUGAACACGGUGAAGACUUAUGCUUGAGAUUGUUGUGUUGAGUCCCGUUGAUUUUGAAAUUUCUUUGUUAUUCUCUUGCAGAUCGCUUUUUGCAUUUUUUUUCCAGAAAGAAUCAAGGUCGGCCUUAACAUUGCAUAUGAAACUCAUAACAUGCAAGGAAACGCCGGUGUUCUUAUUUUGGGGUUUUGCUGAAGCUUUCGAUCUCCUUCUAUUUGAGUGGUAUACUGGUAUACAAUUUAUUGUCCUAAAUUCACAAUCUUACACUUCACAGAUUUCACCACUCAACCUAUACCCAGUUGUUUUAAGGAUUUUGCGGGAGGACUCCCUUUGGAAUUGCCGAAUGCUGUUGUUUGUCGGGUCGGCGCAAGGUCACUUUCUGUCGGCAUUGUCUGUAUCCAAUCCAACUAUGAUAUUGAUACUAGCAAUGCUGCCCGUGCGAUGCUUCGGGCGUGAAAUUCAACAUGUUCAAAUGCCUUCUUAAGCAGUAUCAAUUUGAAUGCACUUAAUCAAAGCACAGGUUGCAGCAUACCUUGUAAUUUGUCCAAGGUGGAAUUAUUUUGUGAUUAGGUAUUGGAAAAACAAAGUUUAAACUUGUUAUAGAACAAUAUUUCAUUCAAAUAG